CGCAAGUUCUUGGCUCAGCGGGCCGCUUUUAGGACACGCUAUGGAUGGAUAUGGUCCGCUUCGUGUCCCAGAACUUCGGUGGCUUUGCGAGCAACGCGGCCUGUCACCAUAUGGACGAAAAAAGGAGCUGCUUGCCAGACUCGAGGAACAAGAUCAAGAAGAUCUAGUGCCACAUGCCGAAUGCAUCGCCCCUGGCCUAGAGCCCUUCCGAGAGCUGGAGCAACUGGCAGCAGAGCUCACCCAGAAAUUUCCAGCUCAGGUGGGAGGUGCUGUGGAUUCUGUACCUCGUGUGGCUCCGGCUCAGGCCAAGUCUGCACCAGCACAACCAAAGGCAGCGAAGGUGUUUGGACUUGUGGGUGGCUCUAUCCACUCCCCUCCUCUACCCCUACCCCAACCAGAUGGAGUAUCAGACGAUGAGCGGGUCUUGCGUGGUCUUUUGGAGUUCUUUGCCUGUCCAGAUGGCGAAGGUGAACUUUUCAAGCUCAAAUACCGAGAUUUCGUUCGAAAUGUGUCGGAGGUGCUACAGCCUGACCUCCUUCCAAGUACGUCAUCGAGCUCCACCGCUGCCACGGCAGUUGCAUCAACAGCUGCAGCUGCAGCAUGCACAAUGGAUGUCAUUCUCCGCAAUGGUAGCAACUUGAAGGACCAAGCCGUGCCAGGUGCAACGAACUCCAAAGGCACUUGGUCUUCAGAGAUGUGGAGGAAAUGCAUGGAAUUGAUUGAGAAUCGUUUUCAAAUUUGCCAGCUGCAGCUGAGACAUGAUUCCCUUAGUGAAGAGCUUGAAAGCCUGAACAAGAAAGCGAUGGAGAAGGCGGAGGAACUUCAACAGGCUAAGGAGCAGCUUGACCGGCUCCAGGAACAGGAGGCGCAACAGCGCCAGCAACUUCUCGGUCGAGCGCGGCUUCAAUUUGAAGCCUGGCUCGAAAAGACCGAAUCGGAUGAAGCAGCGGUAGAUGGUUGACUUACGAGUGCUGUGCUGGUUGACUUAGAGCUGUAAGCUCCAUGGUGGUCGCCCUGUGCCAUUGUGCAACUGCACGGCGAUGUGCAGCUAGACAUAGUUGGGCUUUGACCUUGAAGACGGCGUAUUUGUGUGUCCAAAACCUUCGAGGGCAGACGUCUUCAACGAGAAACACACCUUUUAUGUGCAACAAAUCCUUUUUCAUUCAUAUUGGGUUGGGGUGAUGCAGGAUUGCAUAGAUGAGCCACAUUGAUGAAUCGGAGCAUGUGCAGUGUGUCGCACGGUG